GUCUAUCUGUUCCUCAUGUUGAUCUCCAGUAAGCAGUUACCGAUCGGACGUUCCCAGAGCUGGGACACGCUGGGUGGGAAUGAGAGUCAUUGGGAACGAAAUGACAGUGUUUACGAGCAGCAGGCUCGGAUGGCUGGUCGACGGAACUCGCUGAGCUAUGGAGGAGACGCAGGAGGGGGAUGGUACGAGUCAUCUCCUGGAGUUCGUCCCCCUGACCUGGAUUUGAAACGGGAGCCAGAAGCCUACCAGGAAUCUCUUUAUAACCAGGGUUAUUUGGAUUGCCCGAACUACCGUAACAUAAGAAAGAACUCUGUUCCUGAAUUAAACAGCAAUUAUGACCGACCACCAGCUCAUCGUAGCUCUUUGCAACCCCAUGACUACUAUCAACAAGACCCAGGCGUACCACCCAGACCAACAGAAGGUUUCUUUCGUGGGGAUCAGUCUCAUCCUCUUAAUAGGUCAGGAUUACAUUAUGGAAUGACGGCAGGUCCUCGACAAUUGUGGGAGCACAGUUCAGGCGGUAGGCCUGCUUCUGCUGCCCCAACUCCUGGCUUGCCUCCCCCUCCACCAACUGUUCAUGAAGUGGGUCGUAUUUACAGGGACUCAUCCCUGCCUGGGGCCCCGCCCCUUACUCCUGUAUCCAAAAUGAUGCCUGAUGGGCAGCGCAUUCCAAGCAGAGCACCAUCUCCAGCUCGUUAUGUAAUGGAGCCCAAUUCUCCCCGUUAUGGAGCUGAGCCACCUGCCUCUCUUACAAGCCAUCCGAACUACAGUGAUGUUAAUGGAAGAUCAGCUGAUCCUCACCAGCCUACAGCCACCUGCCUGGUGGUUGAUCCAACUGCUCAGGCAAUAGAUGGUACUGCUCGAGGUAUUCUCACUCAUACGGAAAACCCUUCAACAUACACUAUACAGCAGCAACAGCAAGCCCAACAACAGGCUCAACAUCAAGCACAGCAACAAGCACAGCAACAAAUACAACAACAAAUACAGCAGCAGCAAAUGCAGCAAGUUCAGGCAUUGCAACAAAUGCCGCAAGUUCAGCCAGUGCAACAAAUGCCUCAGGUUCAGCAAGUGCAACAAAUGCAACAGGUUCAGCCAGUGCAGCAUAUACAGCAAGUUCAACAGAUACCACAGGUUCAGCCAGUCCAGCAAGUUCCACAUAUGCAAACCAUGGCACCCCAAAAUCCUGUGUACACACCAGCUCCCCCUACUGCCCCAGUAACCACUCCAGGUGUAGCUGCUAUUCCUGUUCAAAUUCCUUCCCAAUUUCCUGCUCAGCCUCCUGCACCUGCUGCUCCUCCCCUUGCCCCUCAAACCCCAGUAGCUCCUGUGGAUCCCAAAAAGCAUGCAGACCCUGAAUUUCUGGCAUUGCUGCAAAAAGAAGGCCUUUCAGAAAGCACCGUCAUUUCUCUUCUGCAGCAAGGUUUUGACUCCAUUGCAAUGUUGGCCAUUAUGGAAGAAAAUGAUGUGCGCUCAGUGGCCCCCAACUUGGGACAAGCGCGGGUUCUAUCUCGCGUCAUGCUCAGUUGCAAAAGACCAUCUGAAGUCCCUCCUGCUACACCUCACCAUCCCACUGUUCCAGUUCGUGGCAGAUCUAACAGCUUUAGCCAUCGCAGCGACACUUACAUGCACCAACCGCCACCCAUGACUCCAGGUAUGGACUCCCAUUACAUGCAGCCACCUGGUACCCCCAUGCAGACUAUUCCUUCAAGAAUGGGGGAAAGCUAUGGUCGCAGACCCAGUAGUGCUCCCUCCCAACAACUUCUUGAGAGCAGUGGGUAUCCUGGAGCAAGGUCUGCAGGAACAUACAGUGGCGCCAUUCAGUCUCGCCCUUUGUCACCCUUUACUCCACACGCUAGCGUACCCCUGCCACCCAUGGCUGCAGUCUCUCAACGAGUAGCCAUUCCGUCACAUCUGCCAGGAAUACCACCACAACUUCCAGUUCCCCAACCAAUGACCUGCCAGUUCCCCAACCAACUGUCUGCAGUUCCCCAACAAAUGACUAUUCCUGCUAUGGCACCCCAGCAUGCUCCUAAAGCAUACACCACCAACUACACUGUCCCCAUGGAAUUAAUGAAGAGGGAUCGUAGUUUGGCACCCAUGCACAGUCCUCACAUGAGCCCACAGGUAAUGCGGAAGGCCGGGGUUGUAGCCUCAGACGGUGCCAUGGUAUCUGUGGGUGGGGCCGUACCAGGCACAAAUGUGAGCCUGGCUAAUCAGAAGCUCAGUCGACGCACUGGACCUCCGGUCAUUGUCUCCACUAUGGCAUCUCCAGACACAAGUAUAAGACCACAAAUCAUGAACGGUCCAAUGCAUCCUCGCCCGCUGGUGGCACUGUUGGAUGGUAGGGACUGCACUGUGGAGAUGCCCAUCCUGAAAGAUCUGGCCACCGUGGCAUUUUGUGACGCACAGUCAACGCAAGAAAUCCACGAGAAGGUGUUGAACGAAGCAGUCGGUGCGAUGAUGUACCACACCAUAACUCUGACCAGAGAGGAUCUGGAGAAGUUUAAAGCUCUACGAAUCAUAAUCCGUAUAGGCAGCGGAUACGACAAUAUCGAUAUUAAGGCCGCUGGAGAAAUGGGUAUUGCGGUGUGUAAUAUCCCAUCAGCCGCAGUGGAGGAGACCGCAGACUCUACGCUUUGCCACAUCUUAAAUCUUUACCGGAGAAACACCUGGCUUUACCAGACCAUGCGCGAGGGGACGCGAGUCCAGAGCGUCGAGCAGAUCAGAGAGGUGGCGUCAGGAGCUGCACGUAUCAGGGGCGAAACACUUGGAUUAAUCGGAUUUGGUCGAUCGGGACAGGCAGUAGCCGUUCGAGCAAAAGCGUUCGGCUUCAACGUGAUCUUUUAUGACCCGUACCUGCAGGACGGUUUAGAGCGGUCACUGGGCGUCCAAAGAGUUUAUACUUUGCAGGAUCUUCUUUACCAGAGUGACUGCGUUUCUCUUCACUGCAACCUAAACGAACAUAACCACCACCUCAUUAAUGACUUCACCAUUAAACAGAUGCGACAGGGAGCGUUUCUUGUGAACACAGCUCGCGGAGGUCUGGUCGAUGAAAAAGCCCUGGCACAGGCUCUGAAAGAGGGAAGAAUACGGGGGGCCGCCCUUGAUGUCCAUGAGUCUGAACCUUUCAGUUUUUCUCAGGGUCCCUUGAAAGACGCACCCAAUCUGAUCUGCACACCGCACACAGCGUGGUACAGCGAGCAAGCGUCACUAGAGAUGAGAGAAGCCGCGGCCACUGAGAUCCGCAGGGCCAUCACCGGUCGUAUCCCGGACAGCCUCAGAAACUGCGUCAACAAAGAGUUUUUUGUUACCACAGCGCCAUGGGGAGUGAUGGAGCAGCAGGUACAUCCGGAGCUCAACGGUGGAGCCUACAGAGUCGCCCCGCCUCUGCCAGCCGUCUCACCUGGCGGCCUGCAAGACAAAAUGUAUACCUAAACAAUGACAGGUUUCCUCCUGGUGUGGUGGGCGUGUCUCCUGGUGGCAUGGGUGGUCAGUUAGAGGGCAUGAUACCUGGCGGGGUCCCCAGUGCCCAUCCCCUUCCUCCUGGUGCCCAGCCCAGCCUCACUCCUUCCCCAACCCAG